UCUGCAGAGGGAUCGUCAGUUUAUAGGAGAGCAGAAAGCUGAGCUUUGUGGGGACUGUCUGUUUACCCUGGAAACCUGUCAUGUCAGGGAAUGCCGAUGAUGAAUCCAAACUUUUUCCGAUGUUUUCUUCACCCAAGGCUGUCUCACUCUGAUGAAAAUGUGGAAACCGGAUCUUGAAAAUCAGUAAUGUCACCAUGCGCUAAUCCGAAGCCCAGACUUAAAAGGGGAUGUGUGGGACAUGCAGUUGGUAGAGUUUGAAUAUAAAGUCCAGCUAAAAUAUGCUUGCAGUGUGGAUAUUCCUUCUAUUCACCAAACAGGGAUUUUCUCUUGCACAGAAGAUUAAAGAUGGAGGUGCAGGAUCUAAGGAAAGCAGACCUCCUGAGCAGUCGAGGAACAACCGUCACUGUGGGACCUGGGUUCGGAAAACAGAUGGUGGAAGCUUCAGCUCGCCAAACUACCCAAAUACGUACCCUCCAAACAAGGAGUGCCUUUAUGUACUGGAAGCCCCGCCCCGCCAGAGGAUAGAGUUGCAGUUCAGCAAAAUCUUCCAAAUCGAAGCGUCCUUUGAGUGUCGGUUCGACCACAUCGAGGUGAGGGACGGUCCCUUCAGCUUCUCAACACUCAUCAAUCGUUACUGCGGCACAGCCAAUCCUGGCCGGGUCCUCUCCAGUGGGCGCUUCAUGUGGAUCCGGUUCUACAGUGAUGAUGAGCUUGAGGGGAAAGGAUUUCAGGUCCAGUACACUUUUACUGCAGAUCCUGAAUUUCAUCUCCAUGUAGGAGGACUUUUAAACCCCAUCCCAGAUUGUCAGUUUGAGCUAACUGGGUUUGACGGCGUGAUCCGCUCCCACCAGGUUGAGGAGGAGAACAAAGUGAAGCCGGACCAGGCAGUGGACUGCAUUUGGACCAUACAAGCCCCAAUGAAGAGCAGGAUUUACUUGAAAUUCUUGGAAUAUCAGAUGGAAAACUCUAAUGAAUGUAAGAAGAAUUUUGUGGCUGUUUAUGAUGGCAGUAGUGCCAUUGAGGACCUGAAGGCCAAGUUUUGUAGUACAGUUGCUAAUGACAUCAUGCUGGAGACUGGUUUUGGAGUGGUGAGGAUGUGGGCGGAUGAGACAAGCCGACUGAGCCGCUUCAAGAUGCUGUUCACAGUUUUCUCUGACCCUCCCUGUAUUGGCGGUGCAUUCUUUUGCCACAGCAACAUGUGCAUCAACAACUCUCUGGUGUGCAACGGCGUACAAAACUGUGUCUUCCCCUGGGAUGAAAACAACUGCCAAGAGAAAAAGAACAAAAUUGCUUUCCUUCAAAUCACAAAGACUCAGGGAACAAUCAUCUGCAUUUCCACCGGGGUAGUGAUGUUACUCCUCAUUUUCUCCAUAAUGGUGCAAGUCAAACAACCACGUAAAAAGGUAGUGAUACGUAAGAAAAAACUGUUCCAACAUCCUCAUCUCCAGAAGAUGUUUGACCCUCAGCACUACGAGCUGUUUUCUAUCAGAGACAAGGAGAUGCCUGGAGACUUGAGGAAUCUUUCAGAGGAACUUCUGUCCCUCCAGACUCUGAGGAGAUCUUCAUCAGGCUCUCGUUGUGUUCGUGAACAUCACUGCGGUUCACAGGGAUCCAUCAGUUCCAUCAAACCCAGCCACAGUUCAAAUGUCUUGGGCAACACGUCCUUGGAGCUUCCCCCGUUCAGAAGGGACAGUCAGACCGCUGCGCCUCCUGUCAGGGGCAUAAACAACAGCCUGCGGAAGAAGAGCUGGCCCAGUUUAAAACAAAGCCGAAUGCAUAGUCACCCUGCGAUCAGGGAUCGAGUGCUGUGGCAGCAGGACAGAGUUAUGGAAGAAGAUGACGAGGAAGAGGAGAAAGAGGGGAGGUACGAUCUGUAUGUCAGAAGAGUAGGAAGCCGAAAAUAUGACAUGGCUCAGUAUAGAUCUCAUUCCAUGGACUUUUAACAUGAGAAACAAAGGUCAGGGCAUUACAAAUUACAGGAAUUUAGAGACAAUUUUGUGCUGAUGUGAAUAAAACAUAAAGAUAAAAGCAGAGUCAGCUUGCUCUCCAUUGUACUUGUCUUAUUUUAUUAAGGUCACAGUACAGUGUUUGGGUAAAGGGCACGUUAAAGUGAAAGUUAUGGACUAAAGGACUGAUGAAUCUGUCAAAAAGUGGAAACAGUCAGUGACUGUUUUUGGUGUGUUUUAUCUUUCUGCCCAGCCAGGGGUAAACCACUAAGGGAAUCUGUUGAAGAAGAUUUGCCUGAAAAAGAUUUUUUUUGUAUUUGUAAUUUGCAUGCUUAAUCGUGGAAAUGGUGCCCCCACGUGGAUUGAGUAACCUCUGUCAAAAGAUAAGGCUGUUUAGUGGCUUCCUAAUUUGGUUUUGAAUUAAAGCACUAUUUGUGUUGCUUUUUAAGAUGAUUUUUGCUUGACUUUCUACAUCAUCUUAAGCAUUUAGUCUGGUUAGACUGGAAUAUUAAAACUGAACAGGUUUUAUGAUUUAUAAAACCUUUAUGUGAAAACACUAAACAGCAUUUUCAAUUUUUUCAUGGGAUUAGAAUAUUUUUAAAGUGAUUCAAGCAGAAAAAGUACAGAAUAUAGAUCAGCAAAGCCCAGAUGGGAUUAUUCCAAAGUGUUUAUAGAUAAUUUUGUAUCACCCUUAUGAAUAUAAAUUGAGGAUUCUUAGUCUUCACACAUUGA